GCCCCGCCGCCGCCCCGGCCGCCCGCAGCCAUGUCCAAGGAGCCGCGGGCCGGGCGUGAGGAGAUCAUGGAGUGCCGGGUGAUGUGGGAGCCCGACAGCAAGAGGAGCACGCAGAUGGACCGCUUCCGGGCGGUGGCGCGCGCCGCCUGCGGCCUGGCGCUGGAGAAUUACAACGACUUGUACCAUUGGUCCGUGGAGUCGUAUCCGGACUUCUGGGCGGAGUUCUGGAAGUUCAGUGGCAUUGUCUUCUCACGCAUGUAUGAUGAGGUUGUGGACGCGUCGAAAGGGAUCGCGGACAUCCCCGAGUGGUUCCGCGGCAGUCGUCUCAACUACGCGGAAAACCUGCUGCGACACAUGGAGAAUGACAGGGUCGCCCUCUACGUGGCCAGGGAAGGCAGAGAGGAGAUCAUGAAGGUGACCUUUGAAGAGCUGCGGCAGCAGGUGGCUUUGUUUGCAGCAGCAAUGAGGAAGAUGGGGGUGAAGAAAGGAGACCGGGUGGCCGGUUAUUUGCCCAACAGCGCGCACGCUGUGGAGGCCAUGCUGGCUGCAGCGAGUAUCGGUGCCAUCUGGAGCUCCACGUCCCCAGACUUCGGGGUGAACGGUGUCCUGGACCGGUUUUCUCAGAUUCAGCCGAAGCUCAUGUUCUCCGUGGAGGCCGUUGUUUAUAACGGCAAGGAGCACAGCCACAUGGAGAAGCUGCAGCGCGUGGUUAGAGGGCUACCAGACUUGAAAAAAGUGGUGGUGAUUCCCUACGUGGCUGCCAGAGAGCAGAUCGACAUCUCGAAGAUUCCAAACAGCGUGUUUCUGGAGGACUUCCUGGCCACGGGGGCAGGCGACCAAGCCCCCCAGCUGGAGUUCGAGCAGCUACCCUUCAGCCACCCCCUCUUCAUCAUGUUUUCCUCGGGCACCACGGGGGCGCCCAAGUGCAUGGUCCACUCUGCCGGGGGCACCCUCAUCCAGCACCUGAAGGAACACAUGCUUCACGGCGACAUGACGAGUGGCGAUGUCCUCCUCUACUACACCACGGUCGGCUGGAUGAUGUGGAACUGGAUGGUGUCAGCUCUUGCCACAGGGGCCUCUGUGGUCCUGUACGACGGCUCCCCGCUGGUCCCGACACCCAGCGUGCUCUGGGACCUGGUGGACAGGAUAGGCAUCACCAUCCUGGGAACAGGUGCCAAGUGGCUGUCGGUGCUCGAAGAGAAAGACAUGAAGCCGGUGGAGACCCACAGCCUGCAGACUCUGCGCACCAUCCUGUCCACCGGCUCCCCGCUGAAGGCGCAGAGCUACGACUACGUCUACAGGUGCAUCAAGAGCAGCGUCCUCCUGGGCUCCAUCUCAGGUGGCACCGACAUCAUUUCCUGCUUCAUGGGCCAGAAUUCCUCCAUCCCGGUGCACAGAGGGGAGAUUCAGGCCCGGAACCUGGCCAUGGCCGUGGAGGCGUGGGAUGAAGAAGGACGGGCAGUCUGGGGACAGAGUGGAGAGCUGGUGUGUACGAAGCCGCUUCCCUGCCAGCCCACGCACUUCUGGAACGACGAGAACGGGAGCAAGUACAGGAAGGCAUAUUUCUCCAAGUUCCCAGGUGUCUGGGCGCACGGCGACUACUGCAGGAUCAACCCCAAGACCGGGGGCAUCGUCAUGCUGGGCCGGAGCGACGGCACGCUCAACCCCAACGGAGUGCGGUUCGGCAGUUCGGAAAUCUACAACAUCGUGGAAGCCUUUGAGGAGGUGAUGGACAGCCUGUGCGUGCCCCAGUACAACAGGGACGGCGAGGAGAGGGUCAUCCUCUUCCUGAAGAUGGCUGCGGGCCACACCUUCCAGCCGGACCUGGUGAAACGGAUCCGGGACGCCAUCCGCCUGGGCCUGUCAGCGCGGCACGUCCCCAGCCUCAUCCUGGAGACCCAGGGCAUCCCGUACACACUCAACGGCAAGAAAGUGGAGGUGGCCGUGAAGCAGGUCAUUGCGGGGAGGGCCGUGGAGCAUCGCGGGGCCUUCUCCAACCCCGACACCCUGGACCUCUACCGGAGCAUCCCUGAGCUGCAGGACUUCUGAGUUGGCCUGGCCUGCGUGCCGCCCGCCCCACGCCUGCCCACGGGGCCUGGAGAAGAAGCGCUGCUGUUUCGUUGUUGGAUCUCCCAGGGAUUUGGGUCUUCCGAGCGCUGGCCUGGUGGUGACCUCCAGAGACGGCAGGUGGCCCAGCGCUAGGUGUGGCUUCUGAAGCAGGCGCAGCCCGGAGGGGCCCAGGUGCGGGGCUGGAGCGCGCGCCCUGUUGUUCACUUUCACUCCUCGCAGGUGCAGGUCUGUUUCUCUCCUUUCUGUGUGCUUCUGGCUCCCCUGUUUGCCCUCAGGGCCCGUCCGCCCCACGCUGAGCACUGACUCUUAGAAGGGAACAGCCCAGGAGGGCUCGGCGCCAUCUUUGCACAGGUGACAGCCAGGCCCCCACAGCCAGGACGCGGUUCUGAGCCUGUGUCACACUCCAGCCUUGCCCUCUGACACACAAGUGGACGCCACUCCUUAGCAGGGUCCCCAGGGUGCAGCCAUGGAUGCUUGUAAUGUUCUGUUGGUGCCUGGUGUGUGUCCAUGUGGAGCUCUGGGGGCUGCCUCCUCUCCCUCUUGGGGCUGUCAGGGAGCCCUGUGGGCUGCGGCCUCAGGGGACAGAGCUGCCCAAGGGGUCCCCGGUGUGUUGGUGCUGACGCCAUGGACGUCAGCGCCUGUCAGUGGCAUCCUGGGUUCCUGGCUGGCAGCUCUUGUGUACUUUUCGGUUUAGCACGUAAUGUGUGUCUGUCUUCCUGAUGUUCGUGUCUUAUGUUUUAAGACUGAGCACAAUGAAGUACUUUAUGAAUUCCUUUUCUUCUGGAUGAUAAAAAUAUGGGGGGGGAGGUGCUAUGAGGAAUUCUAUGCAAUAAACAUACCUGUGGGUGGGUGGCACCCACCUGUA